AUGGAUCCCACCGGUGGUAUUUUGGAUGCAUCGAGGGCACCAUGUCUUACUUGGCAGGUGGAGAAAGGCUUUCUUUCCAGUUACGAAUCUAGUGGUGAGCCAGAAUCUGAUUCCAUUGAGUUUGUGGAGUCAAAAUUAGAUUCAAAAGAGCCGAAACGUUUGAAUGAGAAUACUGCAAAUUUUGUGUACUUUUCUGCGCCACUGAUUUAUUGUAUUAACCAAGAUUUUCAUAAUUUCAAUGAAAACAAAGAGGAAGAAAUUCCUCUUGCUUUGAAAAGCUUGAUUCAUCGAGAGGAGGAGAGGCAUGCUAAGUCUUGUAUUGAUGAAAGAAUUGCCAUUAAAUUGGGCAUUGAGAAGGAUCCACGCUUGGUCCAGAUCAGGAAGAAGCUAGACUAUGAGACCCGUUACACUCCCCUAGAGAAAGCUUCCCUGAUAUGGGCUACUAGGAAAUUGAGGCACUACCUGUUAGCUCACUCUAUAAUUCUAGUUUCGAUAUUAGAUCCCUUCAAAUAUCUCUUUGAGAAGUCAGUGCUUAUGGGUAGGGUCGUUCGUUGGUGGCUUCUCCUUUCUGAAUUUCAUCUUCAGUAUGUCACACGCAAAUCAGUUAAAAGGAGGGCUAUAGUGGAAUUCUUGGUGGACCACCCAGUAGAAGGAAAUGAAGUAGUGGAAUACCUGUUCAUAGAUGAAGACAUUCUGCAAGUGGAAGAGAAAACAUGGACGAUGUAUUUUGAUAGAGCGUCUAAUCAGUACAUUUAUGGAAUAUGGGCAAAUGCCAAAGAUAAAUGGGAAAUACGGCAUUUGGCUGUCCAAUUUAUCAUUUGUGGGGCUAAUCUGUAUAAAAGAGGUCGUCUGGGAAUGCAUAUGUUGUGUGUGGAAGAAGAAGAAUCGAAGUGUCUCAUGGAGGCCAUCCACGGAGGAGAGUGCAGACCACACAUGAAUGGUAUGAUGCUAGCCCGGAAGAUCGACAAACAUGACUAUUAUUGGUCAACUAUGGAGGAGGAUUGCAUUAGUUUGGUGCGGCGAUGUCAUAAAUGUUCGAUCCAUGCCAAUCGCAUGAACAUACCGCUAUCUAUGCUUUACAAUAUGACUUCACCAUGGACUUUGCCAGUAUGGGGAAUCGACGUUAUUAGUGCAGUCUCGCCAAACGGGUCAAAUGGACACGAGUUUAUCUUGGUGGCAAUUGACGAUUUUACAAAGUGGGUGGAAGGUCAGUCCUAUGCGGUGUUAAAAGCAUCGCAUGCAGCCAAGUUUAUCAAAAACAAUAUCAUCUGCCAGAAAGGGCUUCUGAACAAGGUCAUAUCAGAUAACAGCUCGCACUUCAAGAAUGAUGUGGUAGAUCUACACGAGAAAUAUAACGUGGCUUUUCACAAGUCAUUAACAUAUAGACCACAGAGCAACGAAGCUGUUCAGGCCGCUAAUAAGAAUGUUAAGAACAUCCUGUGA